AUGGCAGGAGCUCCAGGGACUGGAACUCCAAUCCAAUCUCCAGCGGCUUCGUCUAAUCCGGCAAUCGAACAGAAUACAACAACGGAGGUACUGUUCGAUCCCCAAUCACAGUCAAACCCCUAUUUCCUUCACCCUAACGAGAAUCCGGCGCUAAUGCUGGUUUCUACGCCACUGGAAGGCCCUAACUAUCACCCUUGGGCAAGGGCCAUGACCAUGGCUCUAUCAUGCAAAAACAAACUGAAGUUUGUUAAUGGAGCCAUUACUAAACCAUCGAGAGAUGAUCGGAAGUUCGAUGUGUGGGAGCGUUGCAACGACAUAGUCGUCUCCUGGAUUGUUCGAUCCCUCUCCCCGACGAUUGGACGCAGUGUGCUCUGGAUCGACACUGCGUAUGGAAUAUGGAGGGAUCUAAAACGCAGCUGUGGGAAGAAGAUUGAUGAAUUGAAUGGACAGGAUGAGAAAGACAAGCUGUCUAUAUUUCUCAUUGGAUUGCAUGAUAGAUUUACAGGUGCAAGGAAUCAGAUCAUGCUUAUGAGGCCCUUGCUGGAUGUGUGUGAUGCCUAUUCGAUUAUAACACAACAAGAAAGACAAUUUCAUAUUAACACCAGUGGAAUUGGCAACCACUUAUAUCAAGCAGGAGAAGUUGGUGCCACAAGCAGUGUGUUAAUGACCAGGAAUGGUAGUAACCAACAGUAG